AUGGAUGUUGUCGGUCAAAGUGAUAUCCAAGAUAGGCCAGAUAUUAUUGCUCGCAUUUUCCAUAUUAAAGUGCACGCUUUCAUUACUUUUCUUAAAGAGGACAAAACUUUUGGUGAGGUAGAUGCAUAUCUAUACACCAUUGAAUUUCAGAAAAGAGGAUUGCCUCAUUGUCAUACACUCUUGUGGGUUACUUCACCAUUUAAAAUACGGGAUGCUGAAGAUGUAGAUAAAUAUAUAACUGCUGAGUUGCCGGACUUCGCAUCUGAACCCGCAUUGUAUAGAAUGGUUACUACAUGUAUGUUGCAUGGUCCAUGUGGUUUGUUGAAUGUACGCGCUCCUUGCAUGCAAGAUAUGAAGUGCACCAAACAUUUUCCGAGACCGUUUGUAUCAUCAACAACUUUCGAUGAAAACGGUUAUGUUCGCUAUAGAAGACGACAAGGAUCUUAUCAUACGUUAGGGAAUGGCAUCACGAUUGAUAACGGAUAUGUGGUUCCAUACAACAAGUGUCUAUGUAGCCGUUUUGAUGCUCACAUAAAUGUCGAGUACUGUGGUUGGAAUAUGAUGAUUAAGUACCUAUUCAAGUACAUUUCAAAAGGUGUAGAUCGUGUUCGGUUCACUCUUCAAAGAUCAGAAAUUGAUUGUGCUACCUCCUCCUCUACUACAUCUAAUGCUGUUAAUGAAAUCAAAGAAUUCUUGGAUGGUCGAUAUAUAUGCCCACAUGAAGCAUCGUGGAGGAUCUUAAAUUUUCCUAUUCACGAACGUCAUCCGACGGUUCAAGUUUUAGCAGUUCACCUAGAAGGUAUGCAAACUACUAUUUUCAAGGAAAAUGCAAGGCUUGAUACAAUAAUUGAUAUUCCAACCUUUGGUGUAACAACAUUGACGGAAUGGUUCCGUAAUAAUCAAGCGGAUACACGAGGUGUUAACCUUACAUAUACUGAUUAUCCGAGCAUAUACCGAUGGGACACUACUGCUAAAGCCUGGAUUCAUAGAGCCAUUACAACUAAAAGAACCAACACAACUAUUGGCAGACUUGCAUACGUGCACCCAACUGCAGGAGAGUUGUUUUACUUACGGAUUUUACUUUCCCAUCAAAAAGGAUGCAGGUCAUUCAGUGAUAUCAAAACUGUUCAUGGGAGAACAUAUUCUUCUUUUUGUGACACAUGUGAGGUAUUGGGUUUGACCGGUGAUGAUAGAGAAUGGUUAAGAGCUUUCGAUGAGGCGGCUUCUUGGGCAACUGCUGCUGAAUUACGAUCACUUUUUUAA